AUGAUUGAGGACAAGUUCUUCGAGAUUUUCAAAUUAUUGUCUUCUUUCAGGGUCUUAUACCAAGGUUUCAUUCCACUGCAAAAAUACCAAGCAAAUAACAAAAAGAGCAAUAAUUCUUCUAUUCAGAACUCUCAAGAGGAUGUUCUUAUUGGCACAAGUUUAUAUGUUGAUUUAUUAAAUCGAACUAGCUGGGUAUCAGAAUUUUUUUAUUCAGAGAUUCGAAAAGAAGGUAAUGAAGAGUGGAGAAAGCAUCUAUUAGCAGACCAUAAAGUUACGAAAGAUAACCUACAUCCAAAAGAGCUAGUUAAACAAAUUAUUCAUCAUGCUUACAAUUAUUGUGUGCUAUUGUUACAUAAACAUCUUGCAGAAAAUGCUAUUAAAGUAUCUUUUACAAUGGAUCUUUGGACAGCUAAAAAUUAUUAUGGAUUUCUUGAAGUUACUUGCUUAUAUAUAGUUCAACAAUUUAAAUUAAAUGAAGUAAUUCUUGCUAUACAGCAUGUUCGAUAUCUACACACAGCUAAUAAUAUUUAUGAAACUGUUGAAAAAAUCAUUCAAUAUUGGAAUUUAAUAGGCAAAGUACAUUCAAUUACAACAGAUAAUGCUCUAAAUAUAAAAAAGUCUGUAGUAAAAAUAGAUAGGGUUUUAUAG